AUGCCACCUAAAAACAAAGAAAAAGGGAGAAAAGCUGGAGCGCAGAAGAAGAAAAAGAACAGGGGUGCAGAUGUGGAGGCCGAGUCCAGGCACAGGCUGGUGGUGCUAGAGAAGGAGCUGCUCCGAGACCACUUGACUCUAUAGAGGGAUGAAGCCCGCUGAGCCAAGGCUUCCGAAGACCAGCUGAGGCAGAGGCUGCAAGAGGUGGAGGCUGAGCUGGAAGCCCGAAGUGAAGGGAAGGCCAUAUAUGCAGAGAUGAGUCGCCAGUGCCAGGCCCUGCAGAAGGAGAUGGAGAGCCAGCAGCUGGAGGAAGAAGUCAGGGGCCUUCGGAAGCAGCUAGAGGCAUGCCAAAGGGAGGCUGCAGCUGCCCGGGAAGAGGCUGAGCAAGCCCUAGGAGAGCUAGACCAGGCCCUGGCUCAGCUUCAGGCCCAUGUGGCAGACAUGGAAGCCAAGUAUGAGGAAAUCUUACCUGACAGCCUGUACAGGCUCUUGGCCAAGCUGAGAGCCAUCAAGCCGCAGUGGGAUGCAGCUGCGCUGAGACUCCACGCCAGGCUCAAGGAGCAGCUAUGCCAGUUCGGACUACCCCCUGGAUCUUUGAGACCUCCAGCCUCUAGUCUCUCAGGCUCCUUAAGGCCCCAGCAAUAA